AUGGACCGCAUGCCCGUGAGUUUCUGCGAGCGUCCUCUCGUUCGUAAGAACGCCAAGAUGGAGCCGAUUUCGGGUGCGACGCUGCUGAAGUACAUUGAUCUUCUCUAUACCUACGUCCCAGACGACAUUGCUCUCAAGAUUCCUGAGAAGCUUGGGGUGGUCUAG